CGCGCGCGCGCGCCGCCGCGGGCGAGGCGGUGGCCGUGGCGCCCAUGGAGGGCUCCGGGGACGAGGAGUCCGGGGCGGACGAGCCGCUGCAGCAGCUCGUGAAGCGGCAGCGCAAGGAGAAGCGGGAGCUCCAGGCCAAAAUUCAAGGCAUGAAAAAUGCUGUUCCUAAGAAUGAUAAAAAGAGACGAAAACAGCUGGCUGAUGAAGUUGCCAAGCUGGAGGCAGAACUUGAACAGAAGCACAAGGAGGAAUUAAAGCAGCUGAAGGAAGCUUCACCUGAGCAGAAUAAGCUAGAUUCUGUAGCUGAUGGGGUUGCAAAUUUAGAGCUUGAAAGACUAGAGCAACACAUUCAGCAUCCUCGAAUAUCAAAAGCACAGAAGAGGCGGGAAAGAAAAGCUGCCUUGGAGAAAGAAAGAGAAGAAAGGAUAGCUGAAGCUGAGAUAGAAAAUUUAACAGGUGCUAGACAUCUUGAAAGUCAGAAACUUGCCUCCCUAUUGGCAGCAAGACACCUGGAGAUUAAGCAGAUCCCAUCAGAUGGCCAUUGCAUGUACAGAGCUAUUGAAGAUCAGCUCAAGGAUCACCAAAAUUCCUGGACUGUUGCAACUCUCAGGAACCAAACAGCAAAGUAUAUGCAAAGUCACUUCGAUGAUUUCUUGCCAUUUUUAACAAAUUCCAGUACUGGAGAUAUGUAUAGCAGAGAGGAAUUUGAAAAAUACUGUGAUGAUAUAGCAAAUACAACUGCAUGGGGUGGCCAGCUGGAACUAAGGGCUUUGUCACAUGUUUUGCAAACGCCUAUUGAAGUAGUGCAGAUGGAUUCUCCUCCUAUUAUUGUUGGUGAAGAAUAUUCAGGCAAACCAAUAAUACUUGUGUAUAUGAGACAUGCCUAUGGAUUAGGAGAGCAUUACAAUUCUGUAAAACUUCUAACAGACACUGCUACAGAAAACGGCAGCUAGCAUAGAAAGUCGAAAAUCCACAUGGAUAACAGUUUCAUCUUGAUAUGUCGGGCUCUGGUUAACUCCUGAACAGACUGGAAAGUAAAACUACCUGGAAUAUAUUAAAAAUGAAAAAGGUUUGACUGUAAAUUAGAAAUAGUUCUUGAUUUUAAAAGCAACAAAAAACAGUAUUUUGAAUUUGUUGGUAUUGAUCACAUUUAGAAAAUGUUCUCUAAAAUGCUGGCUGUGUAAAUCAGAACAUUUUGAUAGAACUUCAUCCCAUGACAUAGUGAAAAUACUCAGUAGUAAAUAUUUUGGUCAAUUUGCAUUUCUGCUGAAGAAUUAAGGUUGUCUGAAGAAUCCUACUGGAUUAUUUCUGGUAGAUUUUGAUGACUGUGGAAGACUUUAGACAUUUAAAAUUACUGAUGCUUUUGUUUAGACUGAUGGAAUGUCCUUUGCAGUGGUUCUUUAGUCCCAUAAGCUCCAGCUUUAAUACUGUAGUAAGGAUCCCCUUUGUUUGGACAGGGAAGAGCUGAAGGCAAAUCCAGUAGUACUGAAUAUCUUGGGUGAAGUGAUCACAAAUAUAAUCUUAUUUUAUGGACUUUCAUUUAAGCUUUUACGAAGGUUUGAGGACUUCUCUUUUGUUUUGCAGCUAACAUUAGGAACUGAACACUUGAUACUCUUCUUAUUACUCUACCUGUAGGAAGAGCAUUGCUGUUUAUGACUGUAUGUCAUAGCGUUAAUGUGAGUUAACUGUGCUGUUCAUCCUUUGUAAACUUUCAUUUAUGCACUUUGCUGAUACAAAAAGCUCAUAAACAGAAAACUCUUCAACUUUCCUCAGUUCAGGUAGUGAAUUCACCUGAGCAUUCUGUUUAUGGAUCUGCUCUUCUACGCACUGAAGUGUAGUGCUUCAUAAUACUUCAAACAGCUGAUUGCAUACAGAUGUAAAAAUAACCGCCUUGUUUUUUGUCAGAAACUUUAAAAGCAAUCUACAGGAGAAUUAAGUUGAUUUCCAGUGCUUCUUUUGGUGUACAAAAAAGACUAGAAAGAUUUCAUUUUAUAUGCCUCGUCUCUUUUUUUUGUCUUGAAGUUACUAUAAAUAUGACUCCAAAAGUGACGGCAUACUGAAACCAAGGUUGUCAUGCAAUCAGUUGUUUUUUUAAUAACAAAGUGAUUUUUUAAAAGCCUCAGUCAACGACUCCAUAAUUGUCUGUAUUUUAGUGCUGAUGAAUAGAUUUGGAGAAAAACAGUUCUUGUCAAAUUUCAACACCUCUGCCCUGAGCUGAGGAUUAAGAGCUAACAGUCUUCAUUUUGUAAUCCUUCAGUAAAGCUAGGUAGCAGUUUGGCAUUCCCGGGACUUCUAAAUAAAUAAAUAAAUAAACUGCUGGGUUUUUUUUGUUUUUUUUUAAGAAGAAAAUCUGAGAUAAGUGUUCUGUUCAUGGAUCAGACCAGGUUGUCUGAUUUAAAGCACUUUUGAAAGAGAGGAAAAUUUAAAUUUCAAAAUACUACAGGCACAUUUUUUGAAUAGGCAGAAUUUGUGAUUAUGAAUUUAUUAGAAUGAUGCCUGUCACAGGAAAAUCAAGUAUUAACCAGAUCUAGAGUUUGACAUACCCGUGUUUAUCUGAUACAGUAUGGCAAAUAUAGCUGUGUUUAUAGGAAUUUGAUGAAUCAAGUUUACUAUCUUGACUGUAAAACCUUUUUUUUAAUUGCAAACUUAAAAUUGGAUACCUUGAUGUGAAAAAUCUCUAUUCAUAAUACUGUUACAAAUUUCACUAAAGAAUCAUUAAAAAUAUUUGUCAGUGUUGCUUAAAAAUGGUAUGAUAGGAAACACACAUGCUACUUUUUACUGAUUCCCUGAGAAAAAAGUUCUUCAAUUUACUAGGUUUUCAUUUUUGUUUGAUUAACUGACAGAGAAAAGAUGUUGGACUUUUGGAACACCUGCACCAACAGUUUGUCCUAUUAAAGAUGUUUACAGUUUGUAUAAAGCAAAAGAAUGUUUUAAUAUGAUGAGCAAAAGAUCCUUGCUCAUGUUGUAUGGGAUUUGCCAAAAAAUAAUAAAUUGUUUUUUGUGGCAAA